AUCUCAUGUUUUGUGAAUUUCUCAGGCUUCUGUGUAUUCUCUAUUGCAAGCAGCAUGUGAGAUUUCAACCCGAGGUGAAGGAAGUGAUAGGGAUGUAAAUAUGUUUGUCCAAAAGAGUUUAUUGCGACAAUCUGCUCCCUUGGAGAGUUUAAUCAGGGAAAAACUUUCUGGGAAGCAUCCUGAGGCUAAUGAAUGGUUUUGGUCUGAGCAAGUCCCAGCAGUGAUGGCAUCAUUUGUUAAUUAUUUUGAAGGGGACCUACGUUUUACUGCUGCCACUGCUGUGUUGGGUAAAGGCAUGUCCUUGGAUUCAGGCAGUGGAAGUGAUGUUGCACUCCUCUUGCUUGCACUGAGCUUUAUUGCUUCAAUAACAAAACUUUGUUCCUCAAAUGUUUCUUGCCCACAAUUCUUUCCAUGA